GUGCUGAGUGGGAACUUUUUACAUUGGGUAGUUGAGAGCACGUCAUUUACCAUCAAAGGAAACGUUCUUAUUUUACUGGGUAGUGCUAAUACGUGUAUAUGCUGAGGUGCAGACGGGUUAAUAGUAUUAAAAUAUAACAUAUAAACUCAAUCAUUUGUUGGAUAUUUUCUAGCGUAAUCUGUUGUUGUACUUGUAAUACUCUGUAUUAUUUUUUUUAAUACCAGUACUCAAGUCCUAUAUUACUAGACAGUAGACGUGUACAAGGUGCACAGGCUAGGGAAAAACGUUUGAGUAAGUUGUGAAACCUGAUUAGGGGCUUAGCACAGGCCAAAACUUGCGUGCAGUUUGCGGGUCGAAUCUUUUCCAUUCCAAUAAAAAUAUAUUUCAAAGGCUUUUAAAACGUAACCGUUUUUUUUUCUUUUAACUAAAGUUAUACAUUUAAAAAAUAUCAACAUAAUUUACUCUUUUAGUCUUUAUUAACAUCUUUAUUUUUGUUACCCAACAUAAUUAGAACCUGGGGAUUUCCUUUAGAUCAAUUUAUCAUAUUUUAUGAAUGCGAUAGUAUUUUGUUUUUGAAAUGUUACUCAGAAGGUUUGUGCUGAAUAUUUUCCACUGCAUCUUUUUACUAAUGCUGACGGUGAAAGCAGAAGAUCAAAGUACUCUUCAGCUUCUUCAAAUUCUUUAUCGCCAUGGAGAUCGCACACCAAUUAGGAUGUUUGAUAAAGAUCCAAAUAAAAAUUAUACAUGGCCAGAAGGACUUGGGAGGUUGACAAAUCUUGGGAAGCAACAACAGUAUGAACGGGGACAAUAUUUAAGAAAAUAUUACAAAGAUUUCCUGACAGAUAAUCCAAGAGAG